GUUAUGAACUCGGUGUUCAAGACUAUUCUAGACUUGACGUAUCCAAUAACCUCUAUGUUUUCUGGAGCGGCUUUUAACAACACCAUCAACAACAUCUUCAAAGAUAAGCAGAUAGAGGAUCUGUGGAUUCCUUACUUCACGAUCACAACCGACAUCACUGCCUCAGCGAUGAGGGUCCACACAGACGGCUCCCUGUGGAGGUACAUCCGCGCCAGCAUGUCCCUCUCCGGGUACAUGCCGCCCCUCUGUGACCCGAAGGACGGGCACCUCCUGAUGGACGGAGGUUACAUCAACAACCUGCCAGCUGAUGUUGCCAGGUCCAUGGGCGCGAAGGUGGUGAUCGCCAUCGAUGUGGGGAGCCGGGAUGAGACAGACCUCACCAACUACGGCGACUGCUUGUCUGGCUGGUGGCUGCUCUGGAAGAGGUGGAAUCCACUGGCUGAGAAAGUCAAGGUGCUGAAUAUGGCAGAGAUCCAGACCCGGCUCGCCUACGUGUGCUGUGUGCGGCAGCUGGAGAUGGUGAAGAACAGCGAUUACUGCGAGUACAUCCGGCCGCCCAUUGACCGAUACGGCACCCUGGACUUUGGGAAGUUUGACGAAAUCUGUGAGGUGGGAUAUCAGCACGGGAAAACCGUAUUUAACGUCUGGUGCAGGAGUGGAGUCCUUGACAAGAUGCUAAAAGACAGGCAAGAGACCUACAAAGCCAAAACUGAUAACGUGACCUGUCCCACCACCUCUUUUACGGACCUGGCAGAGAUCGUGUCCAGGAUCGAGCCCGUGAAAGCGCCCGUGGCAGACGAUGAGUCAGACUACCAGACUGAGUACGAGGAAGAAGUUCUGGACAACCAGAAGGACGAUUACAUCGAUUUCGUAGGCAACCAGGUUGAAGAAGACUCGGACUCGGAUGAAGAAAUGCAGCUAAGACAGCGCAGGAAUGUCCCCAGUGUGGAUGGCCAGGCAAGCAGCACGGGAGAGCCGGGCUAG